UGUUAAUUACCACCACUUAGGAAUUAACUAAGCUAGCAACUAUGUCAUCCUCUUCUGCAUUAAUCUUGUUCAGCUCAUUGCUAAUUUUCUCAUUAAUUUACUCUCAAGGGAAUGCACUUAGUUCAAAUUACUAUGAGAACACAUGCCCUCAAGUUGAAGAUAUUGUUACACAAGUUGUUACUGAAGCAACAAAGAAGGACAAAACUGUCCCUGCUGCUCUUCUAAGAAUGCACUUCCAUGACUGUUUCAUAAGGGGUUGUGAUGCUUCGGUGUUACUGAACUCAAAGAAGAACACUGCAGAAAAAGAUGGUCCUCCUAAUGUUUCUUUGCAUGCAUUCUAUGUUAUUGAUAGUGCAAAGAAAGCCAUUGAAGCGCGUUGCCCUGGCAUAGUAUCCUGUGCUGAUAUCUUAGCCUUUGCUGCUAGAGAUUCUGUUGUCGUUUCUGGUGGACCUUCAUGGGACGUGCCUAAAGGAAGAAAAGAUGGAAGAACAUCGAAAGCUAGUGAAACUAUACAAUUGCCAGCUCCAACUUUUAACAUAAAUCAACUUCAACAAAGCUUCUCUCAAAGAGGAUUAUCACUUGAAGACCUUGUCGCUCUCUCAGGUGGACACACCUUAGGAUUCUCUCAUUGUUCAUCAUUCAAUAACAGGAUACACAAUUUCAAUAACACACAUGAUGUUGACCCAACAUUGCAUCCAACUCUAGCAGCAACGUUAAAGAGUAUUUGUCCACUGAAAAACAGGGCUAAAAAUGCUGGAAGUCCCAUGGAUCCUUCCUCAACGACGUUUGAUAAUACAUAUUACAAGUUAAUUCUGCAGAACAAGAGUUUAUUCUCUUCAGACCAAGCUUUGCUCAGUAAUCCCAAGACAAAAAAUCUUGUUUCUGAUUUUGCUAGCUCAAAAGACACGUUCUUUAAAGCAUUUGCUAAUUCCAUGAUCAAAAUGAGCAGCAUAAAUGGAGGUCAAGAGGUCAGAAGGGAUUGUAGGGUGACUAAUUAAUUAUUAAUCCUUCUAAUGUAAUGAUAAUAUCCAGAAAAAUGGAAGCAGUGUGGAGAUUUGUAUUUUUUAUACUUUUUCAGAUUUCAUUUAGCU